AUAUACCAACGCGUGCAUAGCUUAGGAGGAGAAAACAGGGAGAGAACUUCCACAUCCCUUCCACCUCUCCUUCUCGCCCCUCUCCCACCGUACCAACCUUUAGAAGGGGAAAAAGGAAGAAAAAAAAACCCUAAUUUCUCGAUUGUUGCUCUUUGCUGUGAUCAAUGGAGAUUGCAGCGGUACCGGCAACCCCCAACGAUGGAGAGAGGGACGAUAACGGCAACAUCUCGUUAGAAAGCUCCGAAGGUUCAUCUUCCUCCCCUUUAAAUCCAGCCGACAACAACGAUAACAACGCCAAAAAAAUAGCUGGCAAGUAUGAUGAAGAUGAGGAUGAAGAAGACGUCUGUAGAAUUUGCCGCAACCCUGGCGAUGCCGAUAACCCUCUUCGGUAUCCUUGCGCUUGUAGCGGUAGUAUCAAAUUUGUACACCAGGAUUGUCUUCUCCAGUGGCUCAACCACAGCAACGCUCGCCAGUGCGAGGUCUGUAAGCAUGCGUUUUCAUUUUCUCCAGUCUAUGCUGAGAAUGCACCAGCGAGGCUUCCUUUCCAAGAAUUUGUGUUUGGGAUGGGAAUGAAAGCUUGCCAUGUUCUACAAUUUUUCCUGCGCCUUGCUUUUGUGCUCUCUGUGUGGCUCCUCAUAAUACCCUUUAUUACAUUUUGGAUAUGGCGUUUGGCAUUUGUGAGGAGUUUGGGUGAAGCUCACAGACUCUUCUUGAGUCAUUUAUCCACCACAGUGAUCCUCACAGAUUGUCUACAUGGGUUUCUACUCUCUGCGAGCAUUGUUUUUAUUUUCCUUGGAGCCACAUCCUUGAGGGAUUACUUUAGACAUCUACGGGAGCUUGGAGGGCAGGAUGCUGAGAGAGAAGAUGAAGGUGAAAGAAACGGAGCUCAUGGUGCAAGAAGGCCUCCUGGUCCAGCUAAUAGGGUUCAUGCUGGUGAUGGGAAUGGUGAAGAAGCUGGUGGUGCACAAGGAUUUGGUGGAGCUGGCCAAUUAAUUCGAAGAAAUGCGGAAAAUGUUGCUGCGCGGUUGGAAAUGCAGGCAGCACGUCUUGAAGCACAUGUUGAACAAAUGUUUGAUGGUUUGGAUGAUGCUGAUGGUGCAGAAGAUGUGCCUUUUGAUGAACUUGUUGGCAUGCAAGGGCCUGUUUUUCAUUUGGUUGAGAAUGCAUUUACAGUUCUGGCAAGCAAUAUGAUAUUCCUUGGUGUUGUAGUCUUUGUGCCAUUUUCGUUAGGUCGGAUUGUCCUCCAUUACCUGUCUUGGUUCUUCUUGUCAGCUGCAAGUCCAGUUUUGUCAACAGUCAUGCCCCUUACAGAGUCAGCUUUCUCCUUGGCAAAUAUAACAUUGAAGAAUGCAUUAAUUUCUGCUACUAAUUUGUCAAAUGAAAGUCAUAAAGAUGGCCUGGUUGGUCAUGCUACGGAAGUGGUGACGGAGUCUUUAAAAGCAAACCUGACUGGAAUAGAUGAAGUCUCAAAUAGUAUUAGCCGACCACUUUCAGCAGACAUAUUCAAUGGGACGGCAGUUGGAACCUCCCGCCUUUCUGAUGUUACUACACUUGCCAUUGGAUACAUGUUUAUAAUUGCUCUAGUACUCUUCUACCUUGGGGUGGUUGCUUUAAUUCGUUACACUAGAGGGGAACCUCUGACUAUGGGGAGGUUCUAUGGUAUUGCAUCUAUGGCUGAAGCAAUUCCUUCCCUUGUCAGGCAAUUCUUGGCGGCAAUGAGACAUUUAAUGACUAUGGUUAAGGUUGCAUUCCUUCUGGUGAUUGAACUUGGGGUUUUCCCCCUGAUGUGUGGUUGGUGGUUGGAUGUAUGUACUAUAAAGAUGCUUGGGAAAACGAUUGUUCAAAGGGUUGAGUUCUUUUCAGUUUCUCCCCUAGCAAGCUCAUUGGUGCAUUGGAUUGUGGGAAUAGUGUACAUGCUGCAAAUUAGCAUUUUUGUCAGCCUUCUUCGUGGGGUUUUGCGCACUGGAGUUCUUUAUUUCCUCCGGGACCCAGCUGAUCCAAAUUACAAUCCAUUUCGUGAUCUUAUUGAUGACCCUGUGCACAAGCAUGCUCGUCGGGUUCUGUUGUCGGUUGCUGUUUACGGAAGCUUGAUUGUAAUGCUAGUAUUUUUACCAGUCAAACUAGCUAUGCGGUUGGCACCUUCUAUCUUCCCACUGGAUAUUUCUGUAUCAGAUCCAUUCACUGAAAUUCCUGCAGACAUGUUGCUGUUCCAGAUCUGCAUACCAUUUGCUAUUGAGCAUUUUAAGCUGCGGGCAACUAUUAAAGCUCUCCUCCGUCAGUGGUUCACUGCUGUUGGAUGGGCACUUGGAUUAACUGAUUUCUUGCUGCCCAGACCUGAGGAUAAUGAUGGGCAGGAAAAUGGGAAUUUGGAGCCAGGUAGGCAGGACAGAUUGCGUGAUGUACAAAGAGGUGGAGUUCCGCAGCAAGAUCGAGCGCUAGUGGCACUAGUUGCCGCUGACGAUCUGAACAGAGGCAUUCAUGUGCCCGGGAACUCGUAUGUUCCUGAAGAUUACGAUGGUGAUGAACAAGCUGAUUCUGAGUAUGGUUUUGUCCUUCGCAUUGUUCUGUUGCUGAUUUUAGCAUGGAUGACACUGCUGCUUUUCAAUUCAGCCUUGAUAGUUGUACCCAUUUCACUUGGACGUGCACUAUUCAAUGCUGUUCCUCUUCUCCCCAUAACACAUGGAAUCAAGUGUAAUGAUCUUUACGCGUUCAUUAUUGGAAGCUAUGUCAUCUGGACCAUUGUAGCUGGAGCCAGGUAUACAAUUGAGCAUCUAAAAACACGGAGAGCUAGGGUUCUAUUAAACCAAGUCUGGAAGUGGUGUGGGAUUGUUCUCAAGAGUUCUGCACUUUUGUCACUAUGGAUCUUUCUCAUCCCAGUGUUGAUUGGUCUUCUUUUUGAGCUUUUGGUGAUCGUGCCAAUGCGCGUGCCUGUAGAUGAAAGCCCAGUUUUCCUUCUCUACCAGGACUGGGCGCUGGGACUUAUUUUUCUCAAGAUCUGGACUAGAUUGGCUAUGCUGGAUCACAUGACACCCCUGGUGGAUGAAAGCUGGCGAAUGAAGUUUGAGAGGGUACGGGAGGAUGGCUUCUCCCAGUUGCGGGGUCUCUGGGUGUUGCGGGAGAUAGUUAUUCCAAUCAUGAUGAAGUUGCUUACAGCUUUGUGUGUACCUUACGUGUUCGCUAGGGGGGUUUUCCCUGCCCUUGGGUAUCCAUUGAUAGUUAAUUCAGCUGUCUACCGGUUUGCAUGGAUAGGCUGCCUGAGCUUUAGCUUGCUGUUCUUCUGUGCUAAGAGAUUCCAUGUCUGGUUCACCAAUCUCCACAAUUCCAUACGUGAUGACCGCUAUUUGAUUGGCCGGAGACUACAUAACUUUGGUGAAGAUAGAACAGGGAAUGUCAGUGUGACAGAUAUUGCCCCUAUGACUCAAGAUGUGAGUUUGCUUAAUGAUGGAAUAAUUCGACGUGAGCAAGAAGCUGAUGUAGGAAUGAGACUAAGGCGCAAUCCCCAAAACCCGAGACAGGUUGUGUGAUGUGGAAGGAAAGGCCAAGCACAUGCUUGUUGACGUGGAAGGAAAGGCCAAGCACAUGCUUGUUGACAAUAUUUGGAAGUCUGCGGCUGCCUCUUCUAUUCAGAGUCAUAGAGGUGCAUAAUUUCUCUUGUGCAUAGAGAUAGGGAUCUUGAUAUCUAGCUUCUUUUUCCAGUUUCAACUCCCUAUUAUUGUUGGGGAAGCUGUUACAGAAGGUUGUUUAUAGUAAAGCAAAUCUACGGAUACUCUGUGUUGUAAUAUCUGUUCUGGUGGAAUGGCUUUUCAACUCAGUUGAGUGAUAGAAACAAUGUAGUAGAGCUUGUUUUUUGAUCAAUGUGUUUUGAGCACCUGAGUUGUUAAGGAAAAUGUGAACCAUUUAAUUCUAA